AUGGCGGAAAUGAUACACUUUAUUUGUAAUCACUGCUACAUAAGUCUCAGAGGGGGUAAAAAUAGACCAUUUUUCUUAACUCAAUGUGGCCAUCUGUACUGUGCAAAAUGCAGAUUGCUAGUUGAAAAACAAUGCCUUCAGUGCCCACGUAUUGCGCCACGAAUACUGCUUUUACAAGAUCCCGUACAAUGCGAUUUCGCCCAUUAUUUUGAGCCUCUCACUAAUACCUUAGCACGUUUGCUACAAGUUUCGCAAUUUCAAAUGAAACAAGAAGCUAUUUUAAAACAACGUUUGGAGGGAUUGGAACAAAAAUACAAUGUUAUGAAGGCAGAAUACUGGCAUAGGGAGAGUUUUAUUAAAGCCCUGGCAGAAAAGUGCAAACAGAUGAAGGCUGUCUGCACAGAAUUGCAGAGAAAAGUAAAUGCUUACGAAAAUAAGCCGAAUUCUGGCAAUAAAUAUCAGACCCCACUAAAUUUAUCAGGAUCGACUGAAGGAUCUACUCAGUCCAGUUUAAACUCAAAGUUUACGCCUCAAAGCUGCGAUAAUACCAUAGGAUCAUCGGGUCGCUCCGUCCCGUCCGUCCUACGUUCAGAACAUUUCAAAGUCCCGAUGUAUCCUUGUAGCAUUAGUUUUAACCACCCAGCUAAAAAUGUAAUAGAUACCAUGUUCUUUCUAUAUUACUAUAUUUUUAGGAUUUUCGCCGUACAUUCAAAAUCUUUAGAAAAGUAUCAUUUUAGUUUAUUGACUGACAUAAGUUAA